UGUUUUGAUACUGCGUAUGAACUGUCUGAAGUCAGAACUUGUUUAUUUAUUUAUUUUUAAAGAUGGAUAUGGUUAAAGUUGAUUUGUAUUGCGCCUAAACUUGAAAAUAUAGUCAAAAUGUACAGAUCUAUUAAUGAAUCUGGGAAGACAGUUAGAGGUUAAUUCGCUAUUUUUUAUUUUUUUUAUUUUUUCAGUACACUAGAGCUUGAAGUGAGAGAAGCGCAUAACUUUCCUGUUUUUGAAAUAUUAAAAAAAAAAAAGAAUCGCUUCUUUGCAGGGGCCAACCGGGCUGCUUGUGGUGGAGGAAACCUUCGUUUUUCAUGUGACUCGGGAUUAGUUGUUUACAGUAAUGAGGGGGAUAUGUUUUUUAGGUGCGUUUGGCAGGGUAUUUCUUCUGCUAUUGCUUGUUAUGUGCACCUUGCUGCUGCUAGGGGUUCCCGGUUGUCUGCCUCACCCACAGCCCUGUCAGAUUUUAAAGAGGAUUGGGCAUACGGUUAGGGUUGGGGCCGUGCACCUUCAGCCCCGUUUCUUUCACAACAUAGGGAGUGAAAGCGACAAGGACACUGAAGAGGGGGCCGAGAGUGGAGAGGAGAAGGAGUUGGAAAUCAUCACUAAAAGUAGCAAUGGGGAUGGAUCCCGGAACAGCAAAACUAAGAAUGCAGGCAGCAGACAGCAUAUUGGAACUAAAAGUCGAAUUGGAAGUAAGCUUGUGGAAAGCGUGACAACCCUAUUUUCGCCUAAAGAUUCACUGCUAAUUGCCGUAGAACAGCUCAAUAGAAUGGCCGGGCUUUUACCUUACAACUUGUCUUUGGAGGUUGUGUUGGCAGUGGAAGCCGGGCUUGGGGAGUUGCCCUCAUUUUCUUUCUCUUCCUCGCCUUCAUCAGUGUUUACGGACCCCUUGUCUUUCUUGCAAAGUGUGUGCCAUUCUGUAGUUGUCCAAGGUGUUUCUGCCAUAUUAGCUUUUCCACAAAAAAAGAGAGAGUUUUUGGAACUGGAAUUUAUAUCCUCUGUACUACAGACCCCCGUGAUCAGCAUCGUACAAAAUGAGUUUACAAGAACAAGUAAGAAUCCCCUUCACCUCCAGAUGGCUUUGCAGAACCCUUUUGCCCCACAAGCAAAUAUUGUUUUCUCUCUGCUUGCCAUGAACAACUGGUACGACGUCAGCUUGGUACUGUGCCAAGAUUGGAAUGUUACAGAUUUCCUUUUUCUUCUGCAAAACAAGUCCAAGUUUCACCUGGGAUCUAUAAUCAACAUCACUACUAACAUCAGCUCUAAGAGUGACAUUCAGAGUUCCUUCCAGGCCCAUUUGGAGUCACUGAAAGAAACAACAGUUGUAACUUUUGGCUGUGAUAUAAGGAUUAUCAAAAAGAUUUUUGAGGUUGUUACCAAAUUUGGCCUGACGUUGCCGGAAUACCACUGGAUUUUAGGGGACUCGCAGAAUGUAGAAGAGUUACGGUCUGAGGGACUUCCUAUGGGUCUGUUAGCACAUGGGAAAACAGCCGAGCCAGUUCUGGAACACUAUGUGCAGGAUGCUCUGGAACUGGUGGCAAGAGCUGUGGGGACGGCUGCCUAUAUACAACCAGAACUGGCUCUCAUUCCCAGUACCACAAACUGCAUGGAUAUAGAGGAAAGAAAUAUAACCUCAGGCCAGUACCUCUCCAGGUUUUUGGCCAACACAUCAUUUGAUGGCCUGAGUGGUCACAUCAAACUUCAGGACGAGUCAGUGAUCACCUCAGACAGCCAUUAUUUCAUUUGGAAUCUGCAGCACGACCCUGUAGGAAACCCUAUGUGGACGCGUCUGGGAAGCUGGAAGGAAGGGAAAGUUGUCAUGGACUAUGGGAUCUGGCCCAACAAAAAGCUGUUUCAUCAUGGGAGCAAUGGAAGGCACUCAUCCCGUCUUCAACUAAGGGUGGUCACCCUGGUGGAACACCCUUUUGUGUUCACCCGGGAGGUGGAUGAAGAUGGGCAAUGCCCAGCAGGCCAGCUGUGCCUUGACCCCCUCACUAAUGAUACAUCUGUGCUUGAGAACUUGUUUGAGAAUCUUCAGGGUGUAAAUGACACUGUGCCCAUAGAGUUGAAGAAAUGUUGCUAUGGUUACUGCAUUGACCUUUUGGAGAAACUAGCUGAGGACAUGGGCAUUCAUUUUGACCUUUACAUUGUUGGAGAUGGUAAAUACGGUGCCUAUAAAAAUGGCCGCUGGACAGGACUGGUUGGGGACCUCAUGAGUGGGGCAGCACAAAUGGCUGUGACCUCAUUCAGUAUUAACUCUGCCCGGAGCCAAAUAAUUGACUUCACUAGCCCUUUUUUUUCCACCAGUUUAGGCAUACUUGUAAGGACUAGGGAUACAGCAGCACCGAUCGGGGCCUUUAUGUGGCCUUUGCACUGGAGCAUGUGGUUAGGGAUAUUUGUGUCUUUGCAUGUCACUGCCAUAUUUCUCACCCUUUAUGAAUGGAAGAGCCCAUUUGGCAUGACUCCCAAUGGUCGUAACAGAAAGAAGGUGUUUUCUUUCUCGUCUGCCCUCAAUGUCUGUUAUGCCAUCUUGUUUGGCAGAACAGCUGCCAUCAAGCCACCCAAGUGCUGGACAGGGAGGUUUCUGAUGAACCUCUGGGCUAUAUUUUGCUUAUUUUGCCUAUCCACAUACACAGCUAACCUGGCUGCUGUGAUGGUGGGGGGAAAAAUCUAUGAAGAGCUCUCUGGAAUACAUGAUCCUAAGCUUCACCACCCUUCCCAGGGUUUUCGCUUUGGGACUGUCCGGGAAAGCAGUGCAGAGGAUUAUGUUAAGAAAAGCUUUCCAGAAAUGCAUGAGUACAUGAGAAGAUAUAAUGUGCCAGCUACACCAGAUGGAGUGGAACACUUAAUGGAUGAUCCACAGAAGCUAGAUGCCUUUAUCAUGGACAAAGCGCUUUUGGAUUAUGAGGUGUCAAUAGAUGCUGACUGCAAACUACUGACAGUAGGGAAGCCAUUUGCUAUUGAAGGAUAUGGAAUUGGCCUUCCACAGAAUUCUCCGCUAACCUCAAAUAUUUCAGAGUAUAUCAGUCAGUACAAAUCUGAUGGCUUCAUGGACAUGCUGCAUGACAAGUGGUAUAAAGUUGUACCAUGUGCCAAAAGAAGUUUUGCUGUGACGGAGACAUUACAGAUGGGAAUCAAGCAUUUCUUAGGGCUUUUUGUAAUGCUGUGCGUUGGAGUUGCAUUGGCCCUUCUUACAACAUUAGGAGAGCACAUUGUCUACAGGCUGGUGAUUCCAAGAAUUAAAAAAAAAUCGAAGUUAACGUAUUGGCUUCAUACAAGUCAGAGAUUACAUCGUGCACUAAACUCGUCUUUUAGUGAGGACAGGUUCCAGCAGAAGGUGACAAAGUUGGAAAAAAGGUGCAAUAUUGGAAAUAACCAACAAGCUGUGUGGAAUACUGCAGGGAACACAAACUGCAACAGAAGGAAGUUUCCGUUUCGAGAAAACAGGCACAAUGACUUUGAAUUUAAACAAUAUAAAGACAUCCCUCUCCCUCAGGUGAGGAGAGAGAUCCCUGCUUCACCCACCUCAAAUGGAAGAACAGACUCCUUGAGCAUGGCAAGGGAUUCAGUGAUUCAGGAGCUGACAGAACUGGAGAAACAGAUCCAGCUCAUUAAACAAGAGCUCCAGCUGGCCAUUAAGAGGAAAAAUGAACUGGAGGAUUACCAGCGGAUAAAUAAGAUCACAGAACCUUAGAUUAGCACAUGAAUAUGGAAUGCACUUUUAAGGAGCUGUGAAAACAAACUAUGGUUGAAUUUAGCCCAACACAACGGUCUUCUGUAGGCACUCUGUUCUAGAAACUCGAGUCUAACUGCCCAACUCAAGUUUCUAACACAUGUCUUGUUGUUUUAAUCACAGACUUUUGGGUGGUAUUGGAAAUGCAGCUUUGAUGACUACACAGUUGAAAGCUUCAAGCUACGAUCCACAUUUUGUUUACUCCAGUAUAUAUGAGAGCAUUGCAGUACGUAAGCGAAUGUGGGCACCACCACCCAAAAAAGGAUGCCUGUGGAGCUGAAGUUACAGUAACUGUGCCUCCAUCAUAAACAGAAAUGGUUUUUCAGUCCCUUGUUAAAUUGGAUUUAAACAUGUGGUCCAGCUGUUAAUCCAGAAUUGCUAGGAUACUGCUGUGCUUGGCCAUCUUUUCAUAACAAAAGGCACUGUUGUUGUUUUAUUGGUUUGUAUGAAUCUGACGAUACAUUUCCACUUGUAAUUGCACCAUGAUUUCAGAGUCAGUUUUUAAAAAGUUAUAAUAUGUUUUAAUUGUUACAAAAUGGGUUUUAUCAAGAGUAAAUGAGUGCCCAAAGUAUGCAUGCUAUUUAAAUGUCUGAUAAAAUGGAGCACAACCCGUAGAUAUCAAAAGCACUUACAAUGAUGCCUAUUUUUAUAAACCAGUGUAAUUCGGGGGGACAUGAGCGAGGGCUCCUAACCCUACUUCCUUCCUAGCAAUAACAUCUGCUCAUCACCUAUUUAAACCCCAAGCCUUGAGUUUGCUCUGUCUUGCAUUUUUUGUUUUCCACCAUCCUCCCCCACUAUGCUUUCCUCUUCUAUUCGACUACAUCACCUCUGCAGCUGGGGUUCCCCACUGCAACAGUGUCCCUCUUGCGGGUAAAUGAAACUCUUCCCAACCAUAGAAGCCCAGCCACCGCUGGCUUCAUCCUCCGUGGGGAAGGUAUUCCGGGACUCAAGGGGGACAUCUGGCCGAAUUUUAUCUAUCGCUGUCAUCUUCCCAUUUCUCUCCUCUAGAUCCCCCUUGAGGGAAGUACCUGUUGCUUUCAAGCCUUGGAGACCGAACGGUUCGGUCCGCUUUAAGAAAAUGUUGAUAAUUUUGGACGGAAGUUAAUGCAGAAAACUUUUUAAAAUAGCCACAAAUUUUUAAAUGUCCACGUAAAUACAUUUAAUUUCACAUCAAUGUCAAUGCCUAAACAUUUUUGUCAAAAUGGUCACUGAACCACCUUGCUUAUUGUUUGACAUUUAUAUAUAUAUAUUUUUUUUUUUUUUUUUUUUUUUUUUUUUUAAGCACCGGAGAGUGACUUUCUUCAGAACUAGUGUCAUUAAAAAACAAAAAAACAAAACAAAAAAAACCCUACCCCACUGAAAUUAAGGUUUACAUUAGCAUAGUUUGCAAGGAUCUACCAGAAGCAGAAUUUGCAAUUCCUUAAGUUGUCAAAAGCCAUCUUUAUGGGGUUGAUACCUGCUAAAGACAAAUGUUUUGGACAUUUUGAAGUUUUAGAAGUGAUUUUUAGCCAUUAAUACUUUAGUGACUUUUUGUGUAACUGUUAAGAGGCUUGAACAAACUAAAACAACAAAAACAAAAAUAUUUUAGUCAAACCAAUCUAGCACUGCUUUGUAUUAUUAAAGGUAUUUUGCAAACCUGGGAGUACAGAUUGUUUUAAAUAGCAUCAGCAGAGUCACUUACUCAGGUUGAAAUAGAGUACUUGAGUAGUCGCUCCUUUCAAACACAAUGUUGUUUUGGGCACAUGCUUAGACAGUUUAAUAUCAUGUUAAGAAUGGUUUUAGCAGUCCUUUUUUUUUCCAGAGAAGUUGAUAUUAGCAAGCCUUUCCCUUGUUAACAUAAUGUUGUUUUUGGCUAUGUACACUUAAAUGCCUAUUUUUGAAGGUCGUAUUGGUAUAAUUUUAUUUUUUAAAAUUGGGUUUAAUUUGUGACUUUUUUUAAUUUAUACUGCCAUCUAUGCUUCGUCUACUUUUUCUGAAGAAAAGAUGUACAGUAAAAUUUGCCCAACUGUCUGUGCCAAUGAAAGCAACUAGUUUCCUCGUAUUGCAAAGCAAAUGCCUUGUCCACACAACAACUUGCUACUGUUAUUUUCUUGCUUUGCUAAGGUUUGGAAGAAAAGAGCAGUAAUGCUCAUGCUUAGUAUUUUAAUCGGUUUUGGCAAUGGAUUUAAAUAUUGAUUAAAAGGUCAUGUCACU